CGCCUGCAAUUAUAGACGACUGUGAAGUCGGAUCGAUGUUUGACUAGCCCGAAAUGUGGACGCCACAAGUCCGCCUUGGGCAGCCUCGGGAAGUCAAAGGGAAACGCAAGUUUUAUCCGGAAUACUCUCUUGCUCGCCUUCCUCGAUUAAACCUUACUGGAGCUUCACCGGAUGGUUAUUAUUGUUUACCUUCCUGCAUUCCUAAUUUAAAACGACAAAUCAACUUCCAAGUCACGAAACAACGCUAUAUCCAUAACAUGACAGACAUCGCAUCGCAAUUUUGUUCUGUUUCUUUAUCCGCGUCUACGGACGAAAUAGGGAUGUAAUCUCUCCCCAUUGUGGCUCGACAGGAGCCCGGUUGUCAGUAUUUCUUGGUGGCAUCUUUGGUAUCGAGUAAUAAACACCUGUAUCAAUACUAGAAUGAAUGGA